AUGGAGAUCAAAGACCGGUUGUCUAUUGAAAAAUCGGCAGCAAUGAAAAGCCCUGUCAGCAGCCGAGACAAGAGCAAAUAUUGCCAAUUCCAUGAAGAUGUUGGCCAUGACACCAAUGGUUGUUGUAGCCUCAGGCGGCUGUUGGACCGUCUAGCUGAGGAGGGGGCUCUGAAGUCCUACUUUCCUAAGUCUAAGGGUGCCCCCAAGACAAACAAGGGACACCCAUCCAAAUCAAUUGCUGCUAACUCUGAAACAGACGAGGAAACAGUCUUUACUAUAGCAAGCGGUUUUGCUGGUGGGGGUCCUACCAUUCGGGGUGCCAAGGACAAUAUCAGGAAACUGGUCAAUUCAGUAGAUGAGGGCCAGACGUCGAAAGAUACCUUUCCUGAGGUCCUUAUUUCUAAAAAGAACCGAGGCCAGGUCAGACGACCUCACGAUGACCCCAUCGUCAUCGAAUGCAAGGUUGCCAACCAACGAGUUCGUCUGACCUGA